AUGAAGAACAUCUUCAGUCGAAACGGCUCGCAAAACUUCUACAAGCCAAUCACCACCAGAACACCGGUUCUUCUAUUCUUACUGGCCAUUACUCUCGUGUUGUUUGGUAUCACAGAGCUCGCGAUCCGGAAUAUUCCAGCCCAUGCGGGAAUCGGGAACGCUGAGCGUACGGUAAAUUAUGUGCUUCUUAAACCGCAGAAGGGAGGCUUAGCUGGUCGUCAAGUUUCUGCUGGAACUGUACUUUCCAAUCAGGGGCCCACGAACAGUCCUUCGCCUACACCCAGCCCAGUUGUUUCUCCGAGCACUCCAAUUGCUGGAGGCACUGGAGACAGUAGUAGUAGUUCUCAAACCAUCUACUACACAGCGAAAGAUGGAUGGCUGGAAUUAGGGGAUCCUACAACAACACCGGUCAUCACAGGUGUACCGCAAUCAGGUCAUUUGACAUUGAGUAAAUCUCCUGAUCCAACACCGAAUCAACCGAGCCCAGUCGUCAACACAAACAACAAUGCUACACCCAGCCCGAAUCCUAAAGCGACCCCGACCAUAUAUUCAAGUGCCGCAGGAGGGUUUCUGGAACCUGGCAAACCUCCAUCCGGCAUAAAUGCUCCCGGGCCAAAUCCGACACCUCCAACUCCAGGAGUUAUUCCAGUUCCCACCAACGGCCCCAUACAACCAAUCUCCACGCCAAUACCUACUGCUGCUGUGACCGAUGUCAGAGGUUCACCAGUUCCAGUCCCAGUGAUGACAGUUGUAGGCGGUCAAACAUUUGCUGUGACACCUACCGUCAACAGCAAUGAUGGAGCAACAUACACACCAGUUUUAACGAUAGCGAACGGCCAAACAUACGCUGUAACGCCAUCUGUUACUGUGAAAGACGGCACGACUUAUACAACCACUCCUUCUCCCAGUAGAGUUCCGAUAGCCACUGGAGCUCCGGCUGGGGGGUAUAUAAAUCCCAACCCAACAGACACUGCCAGUUCUCCCGUCUCGACGAUAGUCAAUUCCACCGGCACUUAUUUCGAAUUUGAGAACGGAGAAAUCGUUCGUACACCCCAAAUUAGUCUUCAGCAGUACAUAUACGUCGCAUUCCUUCCUCUUAUUGUAUCAGUGAUAUACACAAUUCCAUGGCAAAUUCUGGAUACCACAGUCAGGCAAAUGGAGCCUUUCUACCAACUAAAUCAAGAUGGUGGGGCCCUGGGAAAGAACUCCUUGAGUCUCGACUACAGCACCUCUUGGCUCAUCGCAGUGCCAUUCCAAGCGAUAAGUCGAGGUCAUGCUAUACCAUUUUGGUCGUCACUUAUCUCCAUAUCAGUUCUUAUCUUGGCUCCCAUAUCGUCGGAAGCCUUCUUUGUGAGUGUAACAGGCGAUUGUUUUGCCAAUUCUGACGGAGCGUGCCACGCAUCAUGGGGAGUUUAUCCAGCGCUUGCACGAGCAAUUGAAGGCAUCCUGGGAUUCAUCAGCGUGCUACUAAUCUGUCUUAUCUUUUUCAACUUCCGUCGGCAGUCAGGCCUUCAUUCUGAGCCGUUUAGUCUCGCGGGGUUGGGUGUUUUACUCUCUAAGUCUCCGCUACUCAAAUUUCUGCGGCAGAUUGACAGUAUGAUCACGCCCCACGAACUCGAGCAAAUUGUGGCAGGGAAGAGAUUCAAACUAGCUGAAUUUGUGGCAGAGGACAACACACCAUGCCUUGGGAUUGUGCCAAUGGAUAUUGAACCCGAGGCGGGAUUCGCAACAAUUGGUAGUCAAUCCGAGAAAAAAGGCGUGUAUAGCUCGGUACAAGUUAUUGACGACUCUGAGUCGCACGAGUACGAUCAGCAGCCCCAGACAAGGGAUAAGAUAAAAUGGCAUACUGGAAUGUCGUUGAAGAAAGACGUGAAGCAAAAAAUUACAUAUCUUGUCUCCCUGCUCAUCAUCGCAGGACUCUUGACCUUGAUUACAUAUUACCAUUGGACAGGUCCUGAUCCUGUAACUAAGAAAAGCAGCGGCUUUGAGACAUUUAUGGAUUCACAAGGUUUUGGGGUGAGAUUCAUGAUGUCUAUUUUGGGUGUUGGGAUUAAAUUGCUCUGGGGUGCCGUUGACUCUGAUCUUCGACGAGACCAACCUUACGUAUCGCUUAUAAAAGGCUCUGCACAGCCACGCGAUAGCAUCAUUAUUCCCUUCCACGCCGCUCAUAUCACGGCCAUUAUCCCCGCAUUAACGCGCUUUCAUUUCCUCACUGCCAUCGUCGCAUUCCUAGCCUUCGUCUCCGAGUUUUUACCUAUCACUCUAGCCAACAUCGCCUUCAGCCCAGCGAUGACGAAACAGGCAUAUAUAGUCUGUCACUUUAUAUCCAUGUCAAUGCUGAUUCUCAUGGUCAUCGUGAUGUUCAUUCUUCUCGUUAGACCACCUGGAGGUGUCGGCUCUUUACCUCGUCGACCCGGUAAAGGCGGAAUCAUUAGUACGGCGAUUUAUCUAGCUGCGCCUAGCGAAGCUGACAGCACGUUUGGAAAUGUUUUUGGGAGGGAAAGCCAGCGUGAGAGAGGAUUGCUUGAUGGGUUAGCGGGAUUGAGUAAGUUGAGUGGAAAGGAAAGAGAUGAUCUUAUAAAUGGCUUUGGAAGUCUGUACAGUUUAGGUGUUGUGGAUGGUGGUGAUGAGUCCAGAAGUAGUGGCUUUGAGAGGAGGAAGCCUGCGGGAGAGACGAGAGAGGAGUUGAGGAUUGAUGACGAUAGGAGGGUAAGGCGGUUAUUGAGGGAUUGA